GGUUAUUCGGGUCAAGGUCAUAGCCUAACUGGUUUUUCAUAAAUUGACUAGUGAUGCUAUUCCGGGGUUUGACCUCAACAAUCUUGGCUAACAAAACAGGAUUUGUGUCUCUCACUAAACAUGCUAAGCAGUUUCAUCUCGGUACUUCAUCAAAUGCUGAGGAAAAGAAGACUGUUACUCUCCUACCUGGUGAUGGGGUGUGGCCAGAACUCUUCGUUUGUGUAAAGUCAGUUUUCAAAGAAUUCAAUGUACCUGUUCAGUUUGAGGAGGUGAAAUUUGGAUUUAACAAUAAUUUAGAUCCAAAUGGUGGUCUCUAUAAUGCUGUCAACUCUGUUACUAAAAACAAGGUCGGUUUAAAAGGAAUUGUCCGUACACCUGUCGAAACUCAGGGAUCUAGUGCACUUAACCUAAGAAUGAGACGAGCUUUGGAUCUGUUUGCCAACGUUGUUCACAUUCGUACGUUGAAAGGGAUCCCAAGCUUUCAUCAAAAUCUUGAUUUAGUCAUCAUACGUGAACAGAUAGAAGGAGAGUAUUCGUCACUGGAACAUGAAUCUGUUAAGGGCGUAAUUGAGUCCUUAAAAAUUAUAACACGAAGUAACUCUGAACGAAUCGCAAAAUUUGCGUUUGAUUAUGCUGUCCGCAAUAAGCGUAGGAAAGUUACUGCUGUUCAUAAAGCUAACAUUAUGAAAUUAAGUGAUGGUUUAUUUCUCGAAACUUGCCAAAAUAUGGCCAAACUUUAUCCACAUAUUCAGUUUAAUUCAAUGAUUAUAGAUAAUUGUUGUAUGCAACUGGUCAGUAAUCCUGAACAAUUUGAUGUGAUGGUUAUGCCAAACCUAUAUGGUAACAUUGUUGAUAAUCUUGCUGCUGGUUUGGUUGGUGGUGCUGGGGUUGUACCGGGUGUAUCAUAUAGUCAUGAAUUUGCUGUUUUUGAACCGGGCACUAGACAUUCAUUCAAUGUGGCAUCAGGCAAAAAUAUGGCUAAUCCAACAGCGAUUCUAUUAGCCAGCUCAAAUUUAUUACGUCAUAUCAAUUUAGAAAGUUAUGCCAAUAAAAUUGAAACAGCUUUACUUAAAAUUAUUAAAUCUAAGAAAGCAUUAACUUCUGAUAUCGGUGGUUGUUCAUCUACAACUCAGUUUACAGAAGCAAUGAUAGAACAAGCUCAUAUUUCUUAAUUAUAUCAUACAAAGACUACUUUAACUUUUAACUUAAACAGUUAUCUAUUAGACAUAUGCUUUUUGUAUAGUAGUCAUAAGUUUGAAUCUAAUUCUAACUUAUGACUAGUAUUCUAGUUCCUUUGUAUUGUGUAUCAAACAGUCAGUAGAUUAUUACUAUUAUUAAUGAUAGUAAAAUAAGUCACUGAUCCAUGUUAAAAUGUUAUGCUUGUAAAUAACUACGCAUUUACGAAUUCUUUAUUUUCAAGACAGUGUCGUUAUUCUAUUGAACUGAAAUUAAUCUAACUUUCUUCAUUCAAGUUGGAUCAUUCUCACUCAUAGUUGAUCCGAAAUCAAUAGCCUUUCAUUCCCCAUUAUUUUAAAGCUUGUUUCAUAUAUAUAUCCUUUUACAAAUGGAUAUACUUGCAAUAGUUUGAGAAAUUGUGUUUAUGAUUAUUAAAUUCAUGAAUUUGUGGGAGAUUUAAUGCUAAAAAUAGGAUAUCAGUUGAGCUAAUUGGUGGUAAAAGGACCAGGAAGCUCCUAAUAAAUGGUUCCAAUAAGUUAUUUCCAUGUAAAUUAAAUCUUUGAAGCUCAUUACUCGCUAGUUACUCUUUUUAUUGAUAGAACUUCCAGAAUUUUAGUGGCAACCUGUGGUUAAUUUGUUGUAACAGCUUAUAAUAAGGAUAAUUGUUCACUAAAGGAGUUGGAGAAUUCUAAUCCCAUAUCUGGCAAAAUGUUUGCACUAGUAAACGAUCAUCCACUUAAUGAUCAUCUAGUGAUUAGUUUGUGACAUGAUUACCACAUUUUUAUAAGAAAACUGCUGACCAUUGAACUUCUGUCGAACCCUACUUUGGGACUCGUUAAGAACAAACACCCGCAACCCUCUCUGUUAUCAUGCUCAGAACUUUCAGGUCUCAGUAUGGACAAUACAUAUCGAUCACUGAGGCAAAAUCUAAUGAUUCACAUCUUCAAUCCCAGUCAACUUGUGCAUUGAGAUCUGUAACUAUUGUCAUCAGAGAUAACUGUUACUUUUGACGUGGCUAAGUUCACUGGCUUUUCUGUAUGACUUCUGGAGAUCAGUCACGAACUAUCUAUGGGAAUCAGUUAAAAUUCUGUAAUUUCUUAUAGUGGGAAAGCUGUAUAUAAGAUUUGGGACGUAGAUAUUUCACCUACAAAAAUAAACUGACUUGGUGUAUUUUUAUUUGGUGAAAUUACAGUAUGCUAAUAUAGUAGAUUAUAGCGACUCAUGUGCAAUUGAGUUUAUUCUCAUUUAACUCAGUUAAGCUCUUUCACUAACUUAUUUAGCGGACAAAGUCAUCCGCACUAUAACAAUUUAUUGUACCCUUAUUAUUUUGUGUUUGUAUGAAAUACGUAUGCUUGAAUAUUGCUUACUGCCUACGCAUUUAUUCACUCUGCUAGUCUUACUACUAACCGCUUAUUUGGUUCGAUGACUCAUUCAUUUCACUAGGUAUAUAUAUGUCCAUGUUAUUCAUAUUCAUUACUCUCUCUCGUCUCGCUCUGGCUCUCGCUCGCUUGAUUGUAAUCGCUUACUCAUAUUCGCUCGAUCGCAUGCUUGCCUUUUGGCACAAAUCUAUGCUCGUUUAACGCAUCUGCACAUUUGGAUAUAUGUGUGUGGUCUCGUGAUAAACGUAAUCAACGUUUCGUAUUCGCCUUCUGAUUAAUAUACCGUUGGGGCGUUAUAUAGAACGGUAAACAAGACGAGCUGUAUACGAAGUUUAAGGAUUAUUUUGAAUACCGACCACCACAAGAUAAUCUGUAACAAUCGAAUGCACUAAGACUGAUUACUUUUGAGUUUUUGCUGUAUCUAGUCCGUUUACUGUGUGAUGAAUUACAAUUACAGUCAUUAAUAUGCACCACAUUAAAUUUUAUCUAUAUAAACAUACCAUUUCCUUACACCAUACUAAUUGUUCCGAUUUACGAUAUGGAAACGCUGUUAGCGUUUAUAUAAUUGAAAACGAUAACUUAAGCAGACCUUAUAAGGGGAGUCUCAUGUGGUUGAGUUAUCUUAUAAUAGUUGACCUGACAAAAUAAUGUGAAUAUUUAUUUGUUAGAACACUAUGCUUCAUAAAAUUCAAUGUAAAUAUCCUUAUGAUUCUUAUCGUUUCCUUUAAUUAAUUACCAGUAGUCUGUUAAUUAGCUAAGUUAUGCUAUAGCGGUUGAAUGUCAUGAAAACACAGCCGCUUUAGUUUGUCAGUAGAUUUUCACACACUCUGUAAAUCAGCUAGAGAGUCUGUAUUCUUCUAUAUUACGUUUUAAAGAUCUGUUCUGUUAGCGAUGUCAUUUCGACCAAAUCAUUUCAGUAUUGUAUUAAGUCACUUCGAUUAUGACACAUACCUAAAUGUAUACGACUAAACUGUAUUGUAAAAUAAACAAAAUUUCUCAAAUAGGUGUUUGUGUAGUAAUCUCACCAAAUGAAAUUAAUCAGUUCCUAAAGUUUGUAAUAACUAGUACACUGACAGUAGUAGGAUCAAUUUUAAUUCGCUCUUAUUUGGUAAAAUGAAGAUUUUAUGAAAUAAUCGCUG